GGCCGGCCCGGCGCGCACACCCCCGCCCCGCCGGCCUCCGCGCUCGCCAACAUGGCGCUGGUGCGGGGACGCCGCUGCCUCUGGGCGCUGCAGCGUCAGCAAUGGAACCCAGCACAAAGAUUUGUGAGAUGCGUCUCCUCGACAGUGGGAGGUCACAACAUAGGGAAGAUUCUUAUUGCAAACCGAGGAGAAAUUGCAUGCAGAGUGAUGCGAACAGCAAAGAAAAUGGGUGUGAAGUCUGUAGCAGUUUACAGUGAAGCAGACAAGAAUUCCAUGCAUGUAGCAAUGGCAGAUGAAGCAUAUUGCAUUGGUCCUGCACCCUCACAGCAGAGUUACUUGUCCAUGGAGAAAAUCAUAAAGGUGGCCAAGGCCUCAGCGGUACAGGCUAUUCAUCCAGGUUAUGGUUUCCUCUCAGAAAACACAGAGUUUGCAGAGUUGUGCAAGCAAGAGGGAAUCAUCUUCAUAGGUCCGCCUUCAUCUGCUAUCAGAGAUAUGGGUAUUAAGAGCACUUCCAAAGCUAUAAUGUCUGCUGCUGGCGUUCCUGUUGUUGAAGGUUAUCAUGGAGAAGAUCAAUCAGAUGAAUGUCUAAAAGACCAUGCCAAGAGAAUAGGAUAUCCAGUAAUGAUUAAAGCUGUUCGCGGAGGUGGAGGAAAGGGCAUGAGAAUUGCUCAUUCAGAAAAGGAGUUUCUGGACCAACUAGAAUCAGCAAGGAGAGAAGCAAAGAAGUCUUUCAAUGACGAUGCAAUGCUGAUUGAGAAAUUUGUAGAUAAUCCAAGGCACGUUGAAGUCCAAGUGUUUGGUGACCAGCAUGGCAAUGCGGUCUAUUUGUUUGAAAGGGACUGCAGCGUGCAAAGAAGACAUCAGAAGAUCAUUGAAGAGGCACCAGGGCCAGGAAUUAAUCCUCAAGUUCGAAAGAGACUUGGAGAAGCUGCUGUCAAAGCAGCUAAAGCAGUGAAUUACGUAGGAGCAGGAACAGUGGAGUUUAUUAUGGACUCCCAGCAUAACUUUUACUUCAUGGAGAUGAAUACCAGACUGCAAGUAGAGCACCCUGUUACAGAGAUGAUCACUGGAACAGACUUGGUGGAGUGGCAGCUUAGGGUUGCAGCUGGAGAGAAGAUUCCCCUAAAGCAGGAAGAGAUUCUGCUCCGAGGCCAUGCAUUUGAAGCUAGAAUAUAUGCUGAAGACCCUAAUAAUAACUUCAUGCCAGGGGCUGGGCCAUUGUUGCACUUGUCCACCCCACCACCCGAUAAUUUCACCCGGAUAGAAACUGGAGUCAGACAAGGUGAUGAGGUUUCUGUUCAUUAUGAUCCAAUGAUUGCAAAGUUAGUUGUUUGGGCUGAGGAUCGUCAAGCAGCACUGAGAAAGUUGCAAUACAGCUUGCAUCAAUAUAACAUUGUAGGAUUAAGCACUAAUAUUGAUUUCUUACUGAGCCUGUCAGGACACCCACAGUUUGAGGCUGGAAAUGUGCACACUAAUUUCAUUCCUCAACACCAUGAUGAACUGUUUCCAGCCAAAAAGGCAACGCGACAUGAAGUUGUGUGUCAGGCAGCUCUGGGACUCAUACUGAAAGAGAAAAUGGCAACAGAUGCUUUUAGAGAUCAGUCAGGUGAUAAAUUCUCACCAUUUGCAUCCAGCACUGGUAGAAGAAUAAAUAUAUGCUAUACUAGAAAACUGUCUCUGCUGGAUGGGGAAAAUAUUGUGGAUGUAGCUGUAAGUUACGGUAAAGAAGGAUCAUACACCAUGCAGAUUGAAGAUAAAAUGUUCGUGAUUUCUGGAGAGAUCUUCAAUGAAGGUGAUUCAGUUUACUUGAGGUCUUCAGUAAAUGGAACAGUGUGCAAGUCCAAAUUGGUCAUUUUGGACAACACCAUUUAUCUCUUCUCUCCGGAAGGUAGUGCUCAGAUUGGCCUUCCCGUACCCAAGUACUUAUCUGCAGUGAGCUCAGCAGGGAUGCAAGGUGGUGCCGUAGCACCCAUGACGGGCACAGUUGAAAAGGUGUUUGUGAAAGCAGGGGAUGAGGUUCAGAUUGGAGACCCUCUAAUGGUUAUGAUAGCUAUGAAAAUGGAGCAUACCAUAAGGGCUCCAAAGGCAGGAGUGAUAAAAAAGGUUCAUUUCCAAGAAGGUGCCCAGGCCAAUAGACAUGCUCCGCUAGUUGAAUUCGUGGAUGAAGAGGCUGAAUCAAAAUAAAAUUCAAGGAAGGUGCAUUUUAUUUUUCCUACUUUGCUGAUAUUCUCUCAGGAGAAGUUUUCUUCACAUUUUCAGCAAACUGUUUUGUAUAAUGGAUUGAGGAAUUGGUUUCCUCUGCACUCCCUGCAUAGUUGUACUGUAAAUUAUGCUGACUUCACUGAAAUCUUGGAUAUCACUAUACUUUAAUCGUGUAUAUAACUUGUGGACCUACAUGAUUGUUGUUCAGUGAUUGUGUUUGCCUGUGUAAAGGCAUUAGACUGGGAAAAGAUAUGGACCGCCUUAAGGAUACGAGAGGUUAGUAAGGACUGUACGUUAUGGAUAGCUAGGGUUCUUCUGCCUACUUUUUCAUUCAAAGAUGCCUAUUUUCCCUGAGAUGUGAGAUUUCCUUCAUUUGAAGGAAAUCUGAAAGGUGAUAAUUACUUCACGAAUGAAUUUCUCAUGCAAAAUUCCUGUUUGUGGCCUUGUCCUUUUGCCCAAAUAGAGAAUUGAGGAUUGUUUGUAACCCAGGAUCCCUCUCAGUCAUUUUUGGUGCAUCUGUUUUCAUACUUACCUCAAUGAGCAGUGAAAAUUUGCAUUUCAAAAAUUGUUUUAAUAUACUUUGAAAUAUGCGAUAAAAAAAAUAAAAAUACAAAAUAACACUUGCUACACUAAUCACAGUUGGAAUGUGACUGCUUUCCAAAGGUAAUAUUUGAUCUUUAAACAUGAAGCAGUAGCACAGAAAGAUGAUAAGCUUGUUUAAUACUUGGAAAUUGUGCCAAAAUAAAAUACUGACUUCAAAAUCCUCAUUACUUUUCUCAUAUUGUUCAUGUUCAAAUAUGUUGCUUACUGGCUGGAGUGAAGUAGCAAGAUCUUUAUAAUAACAUGAAAUAUAACUGAGAAUAAUAUACCUUUUUGCAUCUGUAGUGUUGCAAAAGAGAAAAUUGAUAGGUUUUUGAUAUUUAAAGAAAAUAUUUCUCAGACAGCAUGCUGAUGGUUUACCAUUUUUUUUUAACUUGUUUAAAAACUGUCGCAAAGAUAAGGGAACAGAGAAGUAAAAAAAAAAAUAAAAAUCAAUGGAAUGUUUCAAUUGCUACAAACUUGUUGCUUGCAAAAUUUUGGUUAAGGUGGAGUUCUGCUGGUCAUAUGGACUUCUGUUACAUUGAUACUGCACAAAGGAACAAAUAGGUGCUGCAGUGAUCCCAAACUCCUAGUUAUAUCUGUGCAAAUAAAUCCUUAUUUCAGAGUUAAUAUACAAUGUCUUGGGCAAUUUUCUGCUCGGAUUCUGUAACUGUGCAGCCUUACCUGCAAUGCAGACAAAAAUUGUAAAAACUGAAAUGUGUCUAGAUGGUCUGUAUAUUAAAAGCAUAAGAAUACUACUUUUCAAUUUUCCUGGUAAUCCAGUGGCCACUUUACAAAAAGUAAAAUCAAAUGAUCGUCUUGUAGAGGAUUGUCACGGUGAUUUUUUAUUUACCGCCAAAUAAAAAUUAAGCUGGAUUUG